AUGGAUGAUGUAUUAAGUUGUACAUUAGUAAAAGAUGAAGAUGAAUCGUCUUCAUGUCAAACUGGUCCACAAGAAGAUCUGAACAAAGAUGAUGAUACCAAUGAUACAGAUAUUACGAAAGAUUUUGAUGAUCCUGAACCACCGAAUAAAAUCACACACAUUAGUACAACAGCCGGAUUCAAUACUGUUACAACAACACCAACAUCACGACCAACACGUAUUUCUACUACUAAUAAUAGUAUUAGCAGUAGUAGUAGUAGUAAUAUUCAUGCAUCAGCCUCAGCGCAUGGUGUUGCUGGUGGUGGGAGCAGUGAACUAGGAGGCAUUGGGAAAUCGCUGUUUGAUCUGGAUGAAGAUAAUGAAACAACCGGUGAUGCAAUGGAUGGAAGUAUCAAUGAAUAUCAUUCGAAUAGUAUGGGUGGAGUUGGUGAAAUGAAUUAUGCUCAAACUAUGGCCAAUGGCGACGAUAAUAAUAAUAAUACAAGGUAUCAUCGACAAGGCAUCACUACUACUACUACUAUUCAUACCGAUUUAAGUGUGAUUGAACAAGCACAUUGUAUAGUGAUACCAUCUUAUUCCGCUUGGUUUGAUUAUAAUGCUAUACAUGGCAUUGAACGUCGUGCAUUACCGGAAUUUUUCAAUGGACAAAAUAAAAGUAAAACACCGGAAGUGUAUUUAGCUUAUCGUAAUUUUAUGAUUGAUACGUAUCGUUUAAAUCCUCAGGAAUAUCUUACAUUUACCGCAUGUCGACGUAAUCUCACAGGUGAUGUUUGUUCCAUUCUCCGUGUACAUGCAUUUCUUGAACAAUGGGGUUUAAUUAAUUAUCAAGUUACUGCACCAUUAACUUCAACAACCACAACAACAUCAGUAAAUAAUUUAAAUGGUAAUUCUAUCACUUCUACUGGUGUUGGUGGUAGUAGUAGUACUAAUAACAGUAGUGCGGCGGAAGCAUCACGUCUUGCAGUGGCUGCAUGUUUAGGACCACCAAGUACAGCACAUUUUCAUAUAUUAGCUGAUAGUGCCAGCGGUUUACAACCAAUCGGUACACAAAAUUUAGCUGGUACUACUAAUUCAAUCAUUCCACCGACGUCUAAUACUACUACUACUAUCAAUACUACUAAUAAUAACAAUAAUAGUAGUAAUACUACUACAAUUUCAACUGAUGCAAAUCAAUCAACUAACAAUAAUAAUAAUGGGAAUGGGAAUGAUACUGUUUCAUUAAUCAAUACAACAAAACAAGAAUCACAAGGAAUUGAUGAUGUUCCUUCAACAACCACAACAUCCACAACACCAACAUCAUCGUCGACAACAUCCGCAGCAGCCGCCGCCGCAACAACAACAACACCGUCGUCGUCGUCGACAACAACAAUCACACCAACACAAACAUCAACAUGCCCUGUUACAACACCGAACAAUUCAAAUGGUGGUGUACCAUUGUUAUCUUUGAAUAAUAAUAAUAAUAAAUCAUCCUAUCUUAUUGGUGAUCCAAAUCUACGCAUUGAUCAACAAUAUUUUAAUAAUGCUAGCAACAUGACAAAAGCUGUCAAUUCAACUGCUGACAAUCGUAGUAAUCCUUCAUUGAUCAGUGGUAAUAAUAAUAAUACUGGUAAUUAUGCAACAACACAAUCAGAUUCAACUGGACAAAUCUUUGGUGGGGGUGGUGGUGUAAAUAAUAAACUCAUUAAAGGUGUUACACAAAAUGGUUGGAGUGAUCAAGAAACUUUAUUAUUGCUAGAAGCUUUAGAAAUUUAUCGAGAUGAUUGGAAUAAAGUUGCUGAACAUGUUGGCAGUCGUACACAAGAAGAAUGUAUUCUUCACUUUCUACGUCUACCUAUUGAAGAUGCUUAUUUAGAAGGUUCCGACCCCAUAUUAAAUUUAACAUCAUUAGCUAAUGCAAGUCAUCCAGUGCCACCAUUUUCAAAAUCAGCUAAUCCUAUUUUAUCAACUGUAGCAUUUCUAGCCGCUGCUGUUGAUCCACGCGUGGCAUCGGCUGCAGCUCAAGCAGCACUUAUGGAAUAUGCUAAAAUGCGUGAUGAAGUACCAGCCAGUCUGUUGCGUGAACAUAAAGCACGUGUUGAAGCCGCCGUGAAGCUGGGUCAUCAUGUGGAUCCACAAAAAUUCGGUUUAGAAGAAGUUGGUGGAAUGAAUCAGUUCACUACAACGACCACGAUGACGACUGAAUCAUCAGAGAAAUUGUUGAAUAAUAAUAAAUCAGCACAGCAAUUGAUGAGCACCGAGAAAAUGCCGCUAGUGGUUGAAGAUGAUAGUAGUCGAUUGUCAGUGGAUAAUGAAUUGAAAGAAACUACUGAUCAUAAAGAAAUUCAUUCAAUAGAUACAUCCACAACAACACAGACGACAACAACAACAACUAUGCCUACUGAUAAUGAAAAUAAAAUUUCUGAAAUUACUAUAACACAAAAAUUAGACAAUACUUAUAAAAUUGAAGAAAAAUCUGAACCAAUGAUUAUUGAAGAAGCUGAACAACAGCCACCACCACUACAGCCACCACAGCCAGCAGCAAGAUUCCACAGAUCUACAACAACCAACUGCAACAACAACAGCAAUGAUCAAUAA